UUGCCCUCAAUUAGUAAAUGAUGAUUCGAGAUACGGUUACGAAGCGAAGCUUUAGCAGUCGAUAAUGAGACGUCCUAUUUCCGGAAUGCCGAACAGAAAACGAGGGAUCACUCAGUGAACACAACACAAACAAAUAUUCCUCCAUUAUGUCGAAGUGGAGUGCGUUGGCGAUAGCGAUAGCGCAAUUUCUUUCCGCGUGUCAAGCUUACACAUAUUGUACCUACACCUAUUAUGAUGCAAACUAUUCAUUAAGAAGAAGUUCAUACACAUGUGCAAACAAUGAGUACUGUUGCGGAACACGGAGUUGUUGCACCGUUGUUUAUGCAAGAUGGUAUUUGUGGUUUGUUCUUUCAUCAUUCUUCCUGGUGAUUUUCAUAAUCUGGUGGUACUACCGAUACCGCUACGCCCCAAGGCGUCGCCUCCUACUCACGACUGCACCUGCAUCUAUCACCACGACAGUGACACACCCUUAUCCUGGUGGUCCUUACCCUGGACCCCCUGCAGGAUGGCAGCCUCCCCCGGCCUACUCCGCCCACCCUGGGGGACCCAUUAUGAUGGCCCCAGCACAGGGCAUGGUGCACUACAAUACUAGAUUUGAAUACUCACAAGGCCCUCCUCCGCCAUAUGCCCAUGCUACAGGGAUGCCAAAUAUUGCCAACAAGUAGUACUAAUGGGUUAUAUGAAUCUUUAUUUAAACAUUUAUAUAUUACAAUACACUAAUUGUACAACAUUGAUAGUCUUGAGUGACCCUAUAGCAGACAUGUACCAGGGGGGAGGGGGUUCACUAGAUGCACUUGCAUGCAUUUUAUUGAAGGUUGCUGAAAUACUAUAAUUUCCCAUAUGAUAUCGCACCCCUCUCUAGGUACGCACCUAUGAAGCAAUAAAUAAAGACCAAAGAUCAAUGUCCAAAGCAAUAUAAACUGGGAUUCGACAUGGUAGAGUCUGGUGCAUUGUAUUUUUUUGUGUCUACAGUACAUAUGUAAAAAAAACAUGGAUUUAUUGGGCUGGACAUGGGCGUGGCCAGACUAGAGAGAGAGGGGGGAAGUAUAAGUAUGUUAUUGAAAAUCCUUCAAUAAGAAAUGACCCACACUUGUAGGUUCACCCCCCCCCCCCCCCCCCCACCCCAUACCUGGGUGGCUUCACCUAUUGGUGUUAUGUGUACAAAAUAGAGUAGUUGUUAGUAGUAUAUAUAGAAGAGUGAGUGGAAGUGUUCAUUUGUUAAAGAUGGCCUUCAACAUCAGGCCAAACACAAGAACGACCCUGGUGAAUAUCUAUCAAACACAAGCACGACCUUGGUGAAAAUCUCUCAAACCCAAGUGACAAUCGGUCAAACACAUGCGCAACACAAUGAAAAUUUGUCAAACACUAAUGACAAUUGGUCAAACACAAGUAAGAAUCGGGCAGGCAGAAACGUAGCCAAGAAAAUAGUUGUUUUGGGGGGCAAAACAUAAUCUGCGUCGCGCAUGCGUUCUAGUAAACACCAGCCUUUAUGUAUGCUGCUCUCGGCAUAUACUGUUACUGGAAAUUUGUUUAGGAUAAACAGUCUCCUAAGAAGGAUCGCCUUAUGGUCUUUUGCAAUUACGCAAGAGCUGAUCAGUUCGCAUCGUGUGCAUUUGAAUGCUGAACAGUAUCGUAAUAUUACGAUUAUGAGUGGUCUUUCCAACACAAGAAUAGAUUAAUAAUUAUAUUAAUAAUUAUAAGAAGUUUACCGCGUGAAUUUAAGUUCGUAUAAUAUCUAUUUAUUGUUUUUACUUUCUCAGAAAGAGAUCUCAAAUGCACUACCUUUUAAAAACCUUAUAUCCUAUACUAAGCGCAGAGAAACAGAAUUGGUAAAAACAGAAUUGGUAAAAGAAUGUGUCAGGUAAUAAUUGCAGGGAAAUACAGUUUUAGUGUUAAAGCUCCUCAAAGUCCUGUUUAGGAUAAGGUACGAUUGUGUAAAAUGUAAAGCUUGACGUGGUGCACAAGUUAACGUGCUGUAAUGACAUGCUCCAUGUUCGGUGUUCCCUGUCGCAGGGUUCGACAUUUCUUGUAAACCGUGAAACAUAUUCAAUAAACCUCAACCUUGCAAAGCA